UUUAAUAAGAGGAACUUUUAGAACGAGCUGAUUUUUGUGGCUGUGGUUUGAGUUGCAAAAGGACAGUGUCAACUUACACAAGGUGUGACCACAAAAGCCUGGCAUCGUUUAAAAUGAAGCUGGUGUGGAUGAUCACUUGAUCCUGCUUCGACGUAACUGUGUUGCUGAUUCCACCAUCGCUUCUGUUUGCUUCCUGCAUGAAUGCCUAAGGAAACAGACAAAGCAACUAGCCAGUUACUACUUGAAACGGAUUGGGAAUCCAUCUUGCAGAUCUGUGACCUGAUUCGACAGGGAGAUGCCCAGGCUAAAUACGCAAUUGGUGCCAUCAAGAAGAAGCUGAAUGAUAAAAAUCCCCAUGUGGUUCUUUACACUCUAGAGGUUUUGGAAUCUGUGGUAAAGAACUGUGGCCAGACUGUUCACGAUGAGGUUGCUAAUAAACAAACGAUGGAGGAGCUCAAAGAGUUGUUUAAGAAACAGGUAGAGUCGAAUGUCCGGACCAAGAUCUUGCAGCUGAUCCAGGCUUGGGCCCAGGCCUUCCGCAAUGAACCCAAGUACAAAGUGGUACAGGACACCUAUCAAAUCAUGAAGGUUGAAGGGAAUGUCUUCCCAGAGUUCAAAGAGAGCGAUGCUAUGUUCCUUUCUGAAAGGGCUCCUGAUUGGGUAGAUGCUGAAGAAUGUCAUCGGUGUAGGGUGCAGUUUGGUGUGGUAACCAGGAAACAUCAUUGCAGAGCAUGUGGCCAGAUCUUCUGUGGAAAGUGUUCUUCUAAGUCCUCCACCAUCCCCAAAUUUGGGAUUGAGAAGGAAGUCCGAGUUUGUGAGCCAUGCUUUGAGCAGCUGAACAAAAAGGAAGACCUUGACACCAGUAACAUGAAAUCUGAGGUCAAGUCCACAGCUUCAGCACCAGUUGACCUUCCCCCUGAAUACCUGACUAGCCCUCUAUCCCAGCAAUCACAAUUGCCUCCUAAACGUGACGAAGCUGCCUUACAGGAGGAGGAGGAACUUCAGCUAGCUAUAGCCUUAUCACAGUCUGAGGCAGAGGAGAAGGAGAGAAUGAGACAGAAGAACACUUACUCCAUGUACCCAAAGACUGACCCAACACCAGUCACCUCUUCAGCCCCACCAGUCAGCAGUCUGUAUUCAUCUCCAGUGAAUUCUUCUGCCCCAACAGCUGAAGAGCUUGAUCCUGAGUUGGCUCGAUACCUGAAUCGCAACUACUGGGAGAAGAAGCAGGAAGAGGUUAGAAAGAGCCCCACUCCUUCUGCCCCAGUCUCUGUGGUGGAGUCUGUAACUCAGCCGAUUGAAACUCAGGCCCCUCCUGUUGCAGUGGUGGAGGUUCAGCAGCAAUAUCAGAAUGGAGAGUCUGAGGAGAACCACGACCAGUUUCUAAAGGCAUUGCAGAACUCUGUUGUGACGUUUGUGAACAGGAUGAAGAGUAAUCACAUGCGUGGUCGUAGCAUCACCAAUGACACUGCAGUGUUGUCCUUGUUCCAGUCCAUCAACAAUAUGCACCCUCAGCUCCUGGACCUGCUGAAUCAGCUGGAUGAGAAGCGCUUAUAUUAUGAAGGCCUACAAGACAAGCUGGCCCAAAUCCGGGAUGCACGUGGGGCGCUGAAUGCUUUACGUGAAGAACAUUGCGAGAAGCUACGGCGUGCUGCUGAGGAGGCCGAGCGCCAGCGGCAGAUCCAGUUAGCGCAGAAACUAGAGAUUAUGAGGCAAAAGAAGCAGGAGUAUCUGGAAAUGCAGCGACAGUUGGCCAUUCAAAGGCUGCAGGAACAGGAGAAGGAGCGGCAAAUGCGCCUGGAGCAGCAGAAGCAAACCAUUCAGAUGCGAGCGCAGAUGCCGGCUUUCCCGCUGCCCUAUGCACAGCUCCAGUCCAUGCCUCCUGCAAGUGGUGUGAUGUAUCAGCCAACAGGUCCAACCAGUUUCCCUGGCACUUUCAGCCCAGCAGGCUCAGUGGAAGGAUCUCCUAUGCAUUCUGUCUACAUGAAUCAGACAGGACAGCCAGGCACUGGACCAUAUUCCUCAAUGUCAGUCUCUGGGGCAGAUCCCAGUAUGGUGAAUCCUUACAUGUACCAGGCAGCAGCCCCAACCAGCCAGACCACUCAGCAAGGCCAGGGAGUGUCCACAACCAAUACCGGAUAUUCAAACUACCAACCAACCCCUACGCAGAACUAUCAGAAUGUGGUUUCCCAGGCACAGAGCGGAACAAUUCCCCAAGCUCCGCAGUCAGGAGGAUUGGGAUACAUGGGAUCCCAGUCUGUCCCAAUGGGUUACCAGACAUAUAACAUGCAGAACAUGAUGUCAACACACCCAGCUCAGGAUCCUGCCAUGAGCAACUUACCUCCACAGCAGUCUUACCUUCCAGCACAACAGCCCAUGUAUCAGCAGAUGGCACCCCCUGGAGGAGCAGCACCACAGCAGCAGCAGCAGCAGCAGGUCGGCUCAGAGGCACAGCUCAUCUCGUUUGACUAACGUCUCUCUGGGGCAGGUGGGGGGGUGACGGUCACCCUCGUACUGGGAGGUGCACGUUGCCAGUCAAUCUUUGGAGGGGAGUGAAAAAAGAAAUUGAGAGUGUAUGCUACUACUGGCUGGACUAACACUUCAAACACAUACUGGCUUUCUUCCAGUUCUGAUCUUUGUGAAAAUCUCACGUGGACUUGCCUACUGACCAGAAAUCUCUAAUUCCACUCUGUGCUGCCUUGCUACAAAUGGUUGUGUUUGAGAGGCUGAAGAAAAGAACACUACUGAUAAUCAUUUAAGAUAGUAGAUUUGAUUUGGAUGUCUGUGGUUACAGUGCCGUGUCUGGGGUUGAUGCUGACUGCGGUUUUGAACCAUGGGGAGUUUUGUGAGAGUACAGGCAGGUGUUUCCUGGGAUUGCUUUUUUAAAAAUUUUCUCCACCCCUCACAUUUUAAAUCAAAAGUGAUGCUGCACUCUUGUUUUAAUCUUGAGCCUUGGACCAUGUGAACUGUUAGAUAUAUAACAUAAACAAUGAAGGUUUUUGGAUGUUUCCAUCAUAUUUAAUUUUCUUUGCUCUUUGGAGCCAUAUUGUUCAUCGACUGAUGGGGUAACUUUCUGUGACUGGCUGUCAUUCCACCCCCUCCAUGCCCCUACGCGUGCUUGCUCGUGCACAAAGUCUGUCCUUCCCCUUCCUCUUGACGAUACUGAAAUGUAUUUCUGCGGGUCUCAUCAUCUAUCCCCUCACCACAAAACUCUGUCACCUCCUGCAGAUCCAGGCCCUCUUUCCCAGGAGACGUCAGAUGGAGAGUCUGUCUUUACUUUUAGAUGCACAUGAAACGAUCCCACAAAAGUCCUUCAGACAAGAGCAGGGGAGUUCUCUCCAGUGUCCUGGCUGGUAUGCAUCGUAACAACAGAUAAUCUGAUCGUUUGUCUCUCUGCUGUUUGUGGGAGCUCGCUGUUUGCACAUUGGUUGCUACCUUUCCUACACUAAUGCUGUGAUUAAACUUCAAGAAACCUUGUUUGGCUGUAAGCCGCUUUGGUGUGUUCGGAGUCCAUGAAUGGCGUUGUAUGAACGCAAGCCAUUUUUCUCCCUGGGGUGGUUUCAGUGGAAAGUAAACUUGGACAUUGGGUGCAACACUGGUUACAGCCCCCUUCCCCUCCCCUUCUCACCCAAGCUUCAGUAAGUGAUUAAACUCCAAUGUUGUGGGAGUGUGUAUAUCACUGUGGUUCUCAGUUGGCAUCUACACAAUAACUUCAUAGAUGGAGGACAGAGCAUGACUUUGCCUUUGUCCUCUCCCACUGUCCAGUCACAGGGUGCUCACAAGAUGGACCUCCCUAGCUUUACGUGUCUGAUGUCAAACUAAGCAGAAAGGGAAGUACCCGAAAACUGAAGAAUUAGCUUAUUGAUAACAAGCUUGAGUGUGCCAGGCAGGAGGGAGGGACUUGUGUGUGGCUGAGCAAAGGACCUUGAACCUCCCUCCCUGGGUAGGUGUCACCUCUGACUGAAUCGUAGAUUGUGUGUCCAGACGCGGGUACACCAGCCAUUCCAUGAAUCCACUGGUGCCUGGGAACUGGUCCCAGUAUUCCACUGCAGUCUUUUUUUUCCAAAAUGCUAUUUGCUGCGUGCUGCUGUAAACUGUUACCCAUUGUCCUGGUAAAACAAGUCACAUUCUUGUCUAGACUAGUGAGUGUUACCUGCUUCAACUAGUUCACCACUGGGCUGCUAACAGGAAUUCACUUAGAGAGCUGGUGAGAUCAUUUAUGGGUAGCCACUGCCUGUUCACAUCUCUAGGUUAUUUUCUCGAAUGGUAAUACGCUGAAUAAAACACAGGUGUACAAACAUUGGGAAGCCUCCUGGAGGCUCUGUCCAUGAAACUGCCGUCUACUAUUUGCCGGUUACCCCUUUCCCUCUGUUGAGCAAAAGGCUGAAUGCAACGAGAGAAACGUUAUAAAAUGCUGGCUUGGGAACGGUGCCUUUUGAAGGAAAAGGUUGAGCGGCUGUGACAGUUGGUACAAAUUAAGUUUUAACAAGAACAAGGGUUUUGACUGCACACUUUAAACGACACCUCAGUUGUCUUGAGUGUACAACAGAUCCAGAUUGAACUGUGCCGAUUAGGAGCCCAUUCCUCUGGUUUUUAAGUGACAGGUGGACAUUUGCAGUGUGGAGAUGGACUGCUUACUGAGCUUGUCUGCACUGGAGUCACAGGCACUGUCCUGUGGAAAGUUACUGUCCUCCAUGAACCGUUGGUGUGCUAGAAUGGAGCUCAAUAUAAUUAACCUUAACUGGUAACUAUCAUCCAUUUAGCAGAUUAUAUAUUGUGUAGUCACUCUCAGUUGUAUGUGUGUGUUCUUUGGAACAUAAACUAUUAAAUGUCUAAUUUAAAAAGGCUCAUCCUCAUAAAUGGGGCCUGCAUGUUUAAAUUUAAUUGUCUAUUCAUUUGCAGUAUAAUGUACGGGAUAAUUUGCAUUGUUGUGGUUGGUUCAAAGGGUACAGGUUUAUCCUGUCCUUAUCCUUGUGUCAGUAAGAUGCUGGACACGCAUGUUCUGUUAUACUAUAAAUGAAUGUGUCUCUAUCUUCUGUAUUUUUUCCUUAUUAAAACACUGUUCUGCUUU